AUGUCGGGUGUGAUGCAUGAAGUCUUGCUGGGCCUUCUCGGAUACACCGGCGGCCUCGUGGUGGAGAGCGAGAAUGGCUUUGUCCUGGACUCCGCGGAUUUCCUCACGGAGGGAGAGCGAAGGCUGGUGGAGCGGAUGCUGAAGGUGGGCUUCUUCUGCAAGAAGCUCUCUGACUUCACCGCCUCGGUGCGGCGGCGCCACUUCGCUGCCAGCAAUGACAAGGAGCGGCGCCCGGGGCACUACGCCUACGGCCUGACGCUGCGCAUUGAAGAGGCCUUGGAUGGCUUUAGGGAGAAAGUCAUGGAAUUGGAGUCGCAGGUCCAGAAUGAACCCACGCUGACGUUGGCCUACAUCGCCGCCCAGGUCGACGAGGAUGGGCGCCGGCUGGGGGUGCUUCAGCGACUGGUGGCGCAAGCGGCGGCCAAGAACCUGUCCGGCGCGCCGCUCUUGGAUUUGCUGUGGCGGGCUGCGUUUUGCCACAUGGGCGGCGGCGAGGUGUACCAGACACUCUGGUCUGUUGUGCAGGGCACGGGCCAAGUCUUCGUGAACCAGCUGGUUGCGUGGAUGGUCUAUGGUCGGCUCAUCGACCCCGACAAUGAGUUCUUUGUGUGCCGACGGCGGCCCUUGCCGUCCGAUUUGUACGGCGAGGACCUCUCACACAUCGACGCCAAUACUGCUCAGAGGGAGUGGCACAGCCAUUUUCUUCUUCGUCCCGAAGCAAUGCCUAGCAUUGUCUCCCGUCAGGCGGCCCAGGACGUGCUCUUCACAGGGCGUGCGGUGCGGGUGCUGCUCCGGUCCCACCGCUGGCUCAAAGAGCGCGCCGAGGACCGUUGGGAGGCAUCGCUCCAGGGACGCUUGGACCCGGCCACGGUGCAGAACGAGGUGGACUCACUCAGGUCCUGCCUCCAAGCAGACGCCUCCUGUGCGGGACCGGGGGUGGCCAGCGCCAUUUUGGGCCGGAGCGUGGCGCAGCUCCGGCGCGGAGCCUCCUGGGAACUGCGGCAGCUGCUGCUGGACGGGGACCUCUUGGCGCAUCUCCACGCGCUCAAAGGUUUCUACUUGCUGGGCUACGGCGCGUUUUACCAGACCUUCCUGGACUUGGCCAGGCCGCUGCUGCGCAGGCCGCCCGCCUGGAACGCGGAGCAGGAGCUGCGCAUGGGCGCCUGGGCCACCGCCGCGGCGGAGGAGGGCCUUGAGCCGGAAGCGCCCAGUGCUCCCUCCACCCCAGCCUCCGCUCGGACACCGCGCCGCGGUGGCGUGCGGGGAAAGGUGCAGCUGCAAAUGGUACCGAAGAGUCUGGAGCUGCAAUCCUUCGACGUGCGCCGGGUGAAGGCCUUGGGCAGCGCGCGCCUCGAUGCCGUAGCGCUGCUGGCGCCCAGCGCCGGCGGCGCCCAACUUUGGCUCAACACCCGCCUCAGGAUGUCCGGCAGCUUUCAGCAUGCCUUCGGCUUCCAAGUCCGCGAGCGCGGCGAGGAGUUGGGCGGAGAGUUCGGGGCGCGCUUCGCGCUGUGCUUCCAGUCCCGGUGGUCCCCCAACGAGAUCCAGAAAGGUCGCCAUGGCCCCGAUUUACGCUGGACGAACCUGGGGGACGCGCUGGCGCUGGAGGUGACCUACUGCGUACUGCCACACGCGACCAGAUCGCCAGCACGGGAACCCUUGGCGGAGGUCACCCUUCGCGUGCUGCAGUGCCAUGGAGCCGAGGGCGAGAAAGCGCAGGAGCUGGCUGCAGCCACGCUCAGCGUGCCGGAGCUUCGGCAGAUCAACAUGGUGCGGCUCUGGUACGACGCGGAGAAGUGCCGGGUGCAGGUCUUCUUUGGAGUUGACGCCGUGGCGCCCUGCUGCGCCUGCGACGUGGACCUGUCAGAGUCGCUGGAUGUGGGCUAUGCCGGGUUCUGCCUCAUGGCUCUGGGCUCCGAGCCCAGCUCCCGGGACCGGCCCGUGCAGAUCUUCUCUUGGCGCCACCAGAUGCGCGACAGGGCGGAGGUGGAAGACUCGGGGGCCUGGUUCUCCAGCCUCACGCUCAGCUACCAGGUUCCGUGGCCCUUGCCACUGAUCCUCACCUCACGCUGCCUGGAGAGGUACAAUCGACUCUUCCAGCAGCUCCUCCAACUGCGGCUGGCGCAUUUGGAGUUGCAGCGAGUGGAGGUGAAGCAUCGGCUCCACUGGUCCUUCCGAUCGCAGCUCAUGUUCUUCGUUUCUCAGCUGCUGCAAUUCUUUCAGCAGGAUGUAGUGGAAGCCGCGCAGAAGAAGCUCCUGGACGCCGUGGAGGCCUCCCAAAGCUUCGAGGAGAUCGCGCAGGCCCACGAGGAUUUCCUGUCCACGCUCACUGCGCACUUCUUCCUGAAAACCCCUGAGUUGCACAAGGAGCUCAUGACCGCCUUGCGCAUCGCCGGGGUCUUCUGCCAAGCGCUCAGCGAAGGCGGUGGCCUGAGAGACGCGGAGCUGCAACGUCUCCACGGAGACUUCCUGGCCACCACCCGCGCGGUGAUCCGCAUGAUGCAGGCCAUGGACCGUGAGGGCAUCGGUAUGACCCAUUUGGCUCAGCUUCUGCUGCGGCUGGACUACAACAACUACUUCUCCGGGGGCUGA